AUGAACGGUGUGGCAUCCAAGAUUGCUGUACCCGCGAAGUGGGAUCGUCAAGCCCGGUUAACCGCUGCGCGCAGUCCGGCUACCAUUUACAUCCGCUCCAUCAGCGAGAUGGCUCUGAGCGACUACGACGCAAAGUUGCGAAUCGGAAUUCGGCCUCUCUACCCUCUGUGGAUCAAGCCACAACCCCCGCAGCCAGUCGAGGACUCCCUUCACAUGCAUCAUGACUUGGCAGUCGAGUUCGCCUCGGAGAAGGCGGCAUGGGACGCCAGCCCAGCCUGCAACAUACUCAUCAAAACGCUGGAACGAGUCCACCCCAAGCCGGCAAUAGACAAGAUCAUCGCCUUUGGAUUUUAUUCCAGGCUUAUCAAGGAGAUGGGGGCCCUUGCGCAAUGCAGCGCGCUCCUCACAAUACGGGAUGCCAUCCUCAACGAGUCCCACGCGGCCGUCCGAGUCAUGGUUCAUGGCCCGUCCUACUCGCCUCGCGAGAGACGCGUGCUGAUGUAUUGGGGUAUUGACACGGUAACUGAUCGUGAGGCCAUCAUGGCCAUCGACAGACGGUCCGUCGUGGUGGAUGUGCAAUCAGACAUGCCCGUGAUGGAUGUCGUGGCCGACUUUCCCGAGAAACCGGCCAUUAUUUUGACGAACCGGUUUACUUUCUGGGAUGACAGCCCAAGAUCACCGCACCCUAACACAUGGGACUUUCUGAGGAGAAACUACAAGCUGGCACCUCUCUGGUCGACUCUGAAAUUUGGAGUUGCGAUUCCAUUUUUUGAGAUGUUUUUCCGAAAAGACCCUCGCAACAGGGCCAGCUGGGCGCCGCUUGAAGAACCCCUGACGUUCCAGGAAGCUGUUGAGUAUUUAAAAGGGGAAAGUGAAGACGACGAGGAUGGGGGUGUGGCAGUGCAGCAUGUCGAGGACCGCGAUAAAGAGGAAGAAGGCCCUCAGGUUGAGCAUCUUGAAGAUGCCAUUGCGGGCGUACUAGGGAAUGUUUCGGGUGGCUGA